UUAAUAACAAAACCAGAUUUCAUUUGAAUCAAUUUAAAUAUCAAGAUGACUUUUAUAAAAAGUGGAAAUCACUGCUGAGGUCCUGGGAUCCUUUAGAUUUAAUGAGGUAAAUGUUGCACAAAAUAAAUGAAAUAUUUAUUGUUUUAAAGGUGAGUUUUAUGGAGUCUGGUGACUUUGUUGAACACCUCAUUUAUAGCUGAUACGGGUUAAUAUGAUGAGGGUGGGAUACCAUAAAAACUGAUAAUCAUUAUACCCACUGCUUGAUGACUACAGAGAGUGGCAUUUUUACAAGUUCAUUUGCCUGUCCUUUGCUCCUGGUAAACAUGAGGUAAUUUGGCUAAACUAAGGUUAAACUGUAUUUUUUUCACUCAAACAGUAUAGUUAUAUAGUGCAGGAUUAUUUCUGCAAAUGAAAUUCAGCUUGAAUGGAUUCACAACAGUGCACGUAGAUGCUUUUCAGUAUGACCUGCCAUAGUGUGUGUACUGAAUAGAUCCCACUGUUGGUCUGCACUGAUCACUAAUAUUAUGUUUAAAUCUACAAUAUAUACACAUUUGUUUAAUCAUGUUUUUUAAAUAUGCAAAAUGGCUAUAUAUCAAGUAAAUAUUUAUAUAAACAUAUUAUGCAUAUGCACUGAUUAGCCACAACACUAAAACCACCUGCCUCUGUACGUGUCCUGUAUCUGGCACUAAGACAUUAGCAGCAGAAUUUUCAAGUCCUGAAAGUCCUACAAAUAUUUUCAGCCAUAUGGACGUGAUCACAUCACUGAAAAAGUGUGAGCAACGACACUUAAUUGUAUUUUACAAACAGAACAUAUGGCCUUACCACGUUUUGAUAACACAGCUAUCAAUGACCCUCUGAUGCCCUUUUGUACACUGGAGCUGUGAUGUGUUAAUUGAUGAUCCAUUAAUUCAUGUGGGAGGAGAACCUUCUCAUGCCUUAAAUGAAACGUUGUACAGAUGUCAGUUUCACUCCUCUCAUCCUGUAAUUGCUGAAGCAUGGGGAAGGGUUUCUACAUCAGUAAAACUGUCGGGAUAGUAGGGAUUGUGUUAGCGGCUGGAGCACUAGCCACAAUCACUGCUCUCCCGGUGGUCUACUCCCAAGAGAAGUCCAAGAAUGAGGUUAAAUCCACAGAUCCAACAGUGGCACCAUCCAAUGAACCAUGGGACCAGUGGCGCCUUCCUCAGACUCUUAGUCCAAAAACCUACAAUGUCACUCUGUGGCCACGGCUUCAGCCGGAUCCAACCGGACUCUAUAUCUUCACAGGGAUGUCCAGCGUGGUCUUCAGAUGUGUGGAAAAGACAAACCUCAUCCUCAUUCACUCCAAUAAGCUGAACAUGAUAAAGCAACCCACCUUGACGGCUCUUGGAAGCAAGCCAGCUCCUACCAUUGAAUCAAUUGUGAUGCACACAAAAACGCAGUAUAUGGCAAUUCAUCUAAAAGAAGAAUUAACUGCUGGGGAAAGCUAUGAGCUCUACACAGAAUUUUUAGGCGAGCUUUCAGAUGACUUGGGAGGCUUCUACCGAAGUGAAUACUAUGAGAAUGGGGUGAAGAAAGUGGUUGCCACAACUCAGAUGCAGGCAACAGAUGCUAGGAAGGCAUUCCCUUGCUUUGAUGAACCUGCAAUGAAAGCAGUAUUCCACAUUACACUUCUCCAUGAUCCAGCAACCGUUGCCCUCUCCAAUGGUGUUGUGAUAGGCAAGGUUAAUAUCACAGUGGAUGGCACUCUUGUAACCAGAACAACAUUUGCACCAACAGAAAUAAUGUCGACAUAUUUGCUGGCAUUUAUUGUCAGCGAUUUUGUCUUCAUUGAACAAAACAUUGACAAUCUGCAGAUUAGAAUUUUUGCCCGUCAAGAAGCCAUAAAUGCAGGACAAGGGGAGUAUGCACUCAGUGUGACUGGACCAAGUUUCAAAUUCUUCGAGAAGUAUUACAAUGUCCCCUAUCCGCUGCCCAAAUCAGAUCAAGUUGCUCUGCCAGACUUCAGCUUUGGUGCAAUGGAAAACUGGGGGUUAAUCACAUACAGAGAGACGUCCCUGCUGUACGAUGAAGGAAUAUCCUCAAAUGAAAACAAAGAGAGAAUCAUUACUGUUAUUGCCCAUGAACUUGCCCAUCAGUGGUUUGGAAACCUUGUGACUGUCAGGUGGUGGAAUGAUCUGUGGCUCAAUGAAGGUUUUGCAACUUACGGAGAAUAUCUUGGGGCAGAUGAAGCUGAGCCAGAUUGGAACAUUAAAGAUUUGAUCGUUCUUAAUGAUGUGCACAAAGUUUUUGCCAUAGAUGCAUUGGCCUCAUCUCACCCCUUGUCGUCUAAAGAAGAGGAGAUCCAAAGACCAGAGCAAAUUAGUGAAGUGUUUGAUACGAUUGCCUACAGUAAGGGGGCAUCAGUAGUUAGGAUGCUAUCUACUUUCCUGACUGAGGAAGUGUUUACUCAAGGCCUCCAGACUUAUCUGGAUCAUUUCAAAUUUAGCAACACAGUGUACACAGACCUUUGGGAGCAUCUUCAAAGGGCUGUGGACAGCAGUGGUACCACUCUUCCCAGAACUGUGCAAGAGAUUAUGGACCGCUGGGUUCUUCAAAUGGGCUUUCCUGUGGUCACUAUUAACACGACAACUGGCCAGAUCACACAGGAGCACUUCCUCCUGGACCCUGAAACUAAACCAGACAGGCCAUCAGAAUUUAAUUAUGAGUGGUUUGUACCAAUUUCAUGGACAAAAAAAGAAGCAGCACAAGCCCUAUAUUGGCUGCUACAGAAAACUGAACAAUCGGAUCACAUGAAAAUAAGUGGUGAUGAGUGGGUUCUGGCCAACAUCAAUGUGACAGGAUACUACAGGGUUAACUAUGAUAAUGAAAACUGGCAACGUCUACUUAAUGUACUCCAGACUUCAAGACAGAGCAUUCCAGUUAUUAACCGGGCACAGAUAAUUGAUGAUGCUUUUAACCUGGCCAAAGCAGAAAUUGUUGAAACAACACUGGCUCUAAGAACCACGCUGUUCCUAGCCUCUGAAACUGAGUACAUGCCGUGGGAGUCUGCUCUUGAUAACCUGGACUACUUUUACCUCAUGUUUGAUCGCACAGAGGUGUACGGCCCCAUGCAGACAUAUGUUGGAAAUCAGGUGAAAAAUUUGUUUGAUUACUUCACAACGCUUACAAAUUGGGAAAAUGUGCCUCCAGGACAUACUGACCAAUAUAAUCAAGUAAAUGCACUCAGAGUUGCCUGCAGCACUGGCCUUGAAGACUGUACGACUCUCGUCAAAACAUGGUUCCAACAGUGGAUGGAAAAUCCAAAAGUCAACCCUAUUAAGCCCAACUUGAGGUCUACAGUGUACUGCAGUGCCAUUGCUGCAGGUGGCGAGAAGGAGUGGGACUUUGCUUGGGAGAUGUUUGAAAAAGCCACUGUUGCUUCAGAGAAAGAUAAACUGAGAACUGCAAUGGCAUGUGCCACCGAGCCCUGGUUACUGAACAGGUAUCUCAAAUACACUUUGGAUCCAGGAAAAAUUCGGAAACAAGAUGUCACCCCUACCAUCGUCAGCAUUGCAAGCAAUGUGGUCGGCCAACCGCUGGCCUGGGAUUUUGUUAGAGCCAACUGGGAGUACAUUUUCAAUCAAUUUGGAGGGAAAUCUUUCUCUUUCCCCAAUCUGAUCAAUGGCGUCACAAACAGAUUCUCAACUCCAUUUGAAUUGGAACAGCUGAUACAGUUCAGGGAUGACUACGCUCACAUAGGUUUUGGUUCAGGAACCCUAGCCAUUGAACAAUCCAUUGAGAGGACUAAGGCCAACAUCAAAUGGGUCGAAAAGAACCAACAAGCAGUCUUAGAGUGGUUUGGGAAUCCGUCGUAACUCUAAAAGAUGCACACACUGUAGUGUAUUUGCUCGGAGGAGGAAAUGAACACUGGGAUAUUGUUUUGCUUGGCCAAGAUGAGCAUUAAAGAAAAUGCUUAUUUAUAACUGAUGAUGUUCUAAAUCCAAAUAUUUCCCAGAACUGCUUUCUUCUUAUGAUAAUGUACGGCAUGCCAGUAUCUUUCUUUAAGGCGUGCCUUGUUUCCCUCGUGUUUUUUUUUUUUUUAAAAAUAAUUUGAAUAAUAAUAAAACAACUUUGUAGAAUGAAACAGAACUGAAUAUGCAAAUAAUACAGAACUCUUUGGUAUUUAUAAUUUUGAUGUUUGAAAAUAAAAACCUCAGUGCAUGUAUUAAUUUGUAUUUUUCUAAACAAUUUGUAUGGUAAACAAAAACCAUUCCUAUUUUUUUUGUAGUUUCUUUCUUGUAGUAUACCAUUAUUAUUUUUAUAUUGUGAAUAUGUAUCUUUAAUUACAUGUUGUCAUUUGAACAACCAGCCAAUAAAUGGCGUUAUCUCAAGAAACCUAUCAAAUAACAGUUUCUGGUUUUCAUAAUCAAAAUUUCAUAUCAGAAAUGACUGAUAAAUGACUGAUAAAUGACUUGCAGUUCAUUGUGGGAGUCUAAAUGAUUGACAGACUGAGUGAGAUGAACUGCUACCUCUAAAGUGAAUUCAAGGCUGUUUCAUGAAUCUUUCAGACUAACUCAUUAAAAGGAACCAAUUCAUAAGA